AUGGAGUGGCUCGUCGGCCAUUUCGGUCCCCAGAUCGACAUCCGUUUCCUGCUCUAUCGGCCACAGCUGGUGCCAGCACUGAGGCGGUGCGUCGACUUCGGGCUGGAGUUGCCCAAGUCAGGACUCCAAGCAGAUGCAGAGCUUUCGGAGGCACCCGAUCGGGCUUCCACGCCAAGCUGCCGCCCGGUCUCACGUGUAGGCCUUGGCUCCCGCGCGAGCACACGGCCCCCGAGCUCUGCGCAGAGCCCGUCGCCUCUGCCGCGGCCGGACUGGCACACUGAUGGCGCUUCCGAGGCCGAGGCGCGAGGGGGCCGCGAGCAGCCGCUUUGUGCUGGACUCGAGCUCAUGUGCCGUGUUUGCGGUGUUUGCGGUGUUGAGGACUUUGGUGACGCUGAGAAGGAUACUCGCCAGGAGUGGGGCUUCGAGCGCGGGCACGGGCCGUUUCCAGGGCCAGCCCGGCGAAGGCCAGCGUCACAGUGGGGCUUUGAGCGACGACACAGCGUGCGAGAAGAUGGCCCAGACCGGUGGGUCAGCAAAGAGGCUGCCGGGGUUCCAUUUGCAGCCUCGUCCAGCCCCACCUACGACUCCAGCCUGAUGGCGAUGGCCGUCGGGGCGUUGCAAACCAAAGAAGCAGACAAGGACCGUCUCCUGUUUGCAGAGAGGACUGUGGGACUCUUCCAGGCACUGUCCCCACCCAGGGGCCCGGCGGGAGCACUCGUGCGAGGUGGCUGCAGGGCCUUUGCAGACCACGCUCGAGCUGCGUGGGAUGAGUAUCGGGCUGACGUGCAGCACUUUCAGAACACCGUCUACCGCUGCCGCGGCGGCAAAAGCGACAAGGAGCGGCUGCGACGGCCCAUGUCUGCCAACCACGCUGCUGUUUCUGCACGGCUUUACAAGCCACCGGCUAGCCGGCCACGGACGUUCUGA